AUGCAUAGUUCCAGCUCCUAUCAAUACGAUCUUGGUUCGUAUACUCGAAAGAUCACCACAUCCUCCCCGCACGCCCAGUCAUGGUUCGACCGUGGCUUUAUCUGGAGCUAUGCGUUCAACCACGAGGAGUCCGCCCGGUGUUUCGGGAGAGCAAUCAAAGACGACCCAGAGUGCGCCAUGGCAUAUUGGGGUCUCGCUUUUGCCCUCGGGCCGAACUACAAUAAGCCUUGGGACUUGUUCGAUGAGAAAGAGCUCAAGACAACACUGGGGAAGAUAAACGAGGCAAACCAAAAAGCUCAACAGUAUGCACCCGAUAGGACGGAUCCAGAAAAGGCCUUGAUCGACGCGAUACAGGUACGUGUUCCCAAGAGCCUGAACGAAGCCGCGUUCGUUACCUGUAAUGAGGAGUACGCAAAAGCCAUGGAAGACGUCUAUAAGCGGUUCCCUGAUGACAUCGACAUCACUUGCCUCUACGCUGAUGCUCUCAUGAAUCUCUCAGCAUGGAAUCUAUGGGAUCUCAAGACGGGUGAACCCACCCCUGAAUCACAUGCGCCCAAGGCAAAGGUCAUACUGGAAAAGGCCCUACAAGACGUUAGCUCCCAGGAACACCCUGGUCUGCUCCAUUUGUACAUCCAUCUGAUGGAAAUGUCAAAAACCCCAGAAGCAGCAUUAGCCUGUGCAGAUCGUCUGAGAAGAGUUACCCCGGAUGCCGGCCAUCUGGUCCACAUGCCGAGUCACAUCUGGAUCCUGGUUGGUGAUUACGGGCGUGCCAUUGACUCGAAUGCAGAUGCAUGCUUGGCAGACGAGAAGUACGUCGCCGAACAUGGGACACAGAACUUCUACUCCUUUUACAUGAUGCAUGACUAUCAUUCGCUCAUAUACGCGGCAAUGUUUGCGGGGCAGUACAAGGUUGCAAUGGACGCUGUCAGUCGCAUGGAAGCCUCGCUACCUGUGUCACUCCUGCGCAUUGAGAGCCCGCCCAUGGCAGACUGGCUCGAGAACUUUUCGUCGGUACGCGUCCAUGUCCUAGUGCGCUUUGGGCGAUGGCCAGAUCUGAUUGCACUUCCAAUGCCCGACGAUAAAGGUUUACAUUGCGUUACAACGGCUAUGAUUCAUUACGGCAAGGGAGUUGCCUAUGCCGCUACUGGUGAUAUCGAGAGGGCACAGGAGGAACGUGCCGCCCUGGUUGCGGCAGUAGAGCGGAUACCGUCCUCCCGUAUUUGCGGGGACUUUCCAAACAAAUCCAAUGUAGUGCUCAAGGUCGGUAUAGCAAUGCUGGACGGCGAGCUCGAGUACCGGAAGGGCAAUUUUGAAGAGGCCUUCAAGCAUCUCGAAACAGCUAUUGACCGGGAUGAUGCGCUUACCUAUGCCGAGCCAUGGCCCUGGAUGCAGCCAACCAGACAUGCGUAUGCCGCCUUGCUCAUGGAGCAGGGCCGAAUAGAAGAUGCAGCAGGAGCUUACAAGGCUGAUUUAGGGUUUGACGACACUCUCCCUAGAGCAAGACAGCACCCGAAUAACGUUUGGGCUUUACACGGCUAUCACGAGUGUCUGCUGAAGCUCGGAAGGGUCGAAGAAGCAGGGAUUGUAGGGCAGCAAUUGCGUAUCGCGCUUGCUGUAGCGGAUGUAACUAUCGAUGCCAGCUGCUACUGUCGGCAGGGUGGGAACGCAUAG